AUGAGACACUUUGCGCUAUUGGCGCUCGUCGCCAGCCUCUGCAACUUCACCCUCGUCAACGCACAGCAGAGUCUUUCUCCCAGAGACAGCAGCUGCCGGGCAGAAGACAGAACCUACAGUAACGAAGUGCCCCGAGCCGGUAGCUACCAACCAUGGUCCCUCAUUCCCUUUGGCAAGGUUGGCUUCCCAGCCAAGCAGUACGUCACCAUCGUCAACCUCACCCCUCAUCGCUUUGUCUUGGACAAAGGCGCCACCCACUCGUACCAGAUGGACAUUUUUGAUUGGGAUGAUAUUCCCCAGGGCCGUUCCCGCCAAAACGUGGCCAAGUAUACCUCGAAGCCGGGCAAAAACCACGUCGACGACAAUGGCGAGGUGUAUUAUACCAUUCAGGGAACUAACAAGAGGUUCAUGGUUCGCAAAACCACUCAUAUCCCUGACGACUACCCCCGCCGGACCGUUUUUGAUCUGAGUGGCAUGGGCCUUGGCCAGCGCGAAUACUCUGAUCCCGGCAAGGAGUCUUCAGUCACGCUCGUAAUCACUGGCAGCGAAUCGUAUGGCUUCACAGCAUCCCUCCGCCAUGGUCCCGGAAACUGGAUGAAGGGCAUUUACGAUGUCAUCAAAGAUCGACAGGUCCAGCAUUUGUUCCUUCCUGGUUCGCACGACGCGGGGAUGAGCCGAAUCAGCGGCAAUCUAGCCUCCCUUGGCUCUUCGACCAACACGCAGACUCAAGGCAUCACAAUCUACAAUCAGCUGCGCGCUGGUUCGCGUCUUUUUGACCUUCGUGUGGGAACGAUCCAUAAUUCAACAAACACCGGACAGUAUGGCUACUGGAUACUCCACGUCAACAAUGAAGUUGCCGAUGUCGCCAUCGGCAACUCUGGAGAGGCUCUCGACGAAGUUAUUCGAGAAGUCAAUCAAUUCACUGCAGAAAAUCCCGGCGAAAUUGUCAUUUUCCGUGUUCGGUACCUCGUCGGCAUCCGCAACAUUCCGAGCUUUGGGCCCAUCUACUGGACUGCUGACAUGGUCAACGAGUUUUUUGGCAAGCUCAAGGGUGUCAACAACCGCUGCGGCAAUCUGGACAUGAACACCAAGUUCAAUAAGCAAAAGGCGUCCUACUUUAUGGACCAGAACGGAGGGAACGGCUGCGUUCUGUUUUUGCUCAACACUGAUAACCUGAAAGACGACGUUCCUCACGACUCGAUUGGGGACGGUAUUUACCGGACGGAAAUGCUGGAUGUUUGGGACAAUUGGUCCAACUUGCCCGACACCGCAAAGGUUGCCAAUGAUCAGACGGCCAAGUGGAAAACGGUCAGCCGAUCCGGAGACUUCAACAAUGAUCAGUUCCUCAUCGGCCAGUGGAUCAUCAGCGCCGACCCGUUUACGACGACGGCGCUCACCAUUGAGCAGCUGGCGAUUCAGCCUACGAACCCUGCGCUUUACUGGAUGGGCCUGAACAACAUGAGCCCCGAGGCCUUUCCGACUGUUGCGCUGGUUGAUUACAUUGGCGUCGUUGUCGACGGCCGCCACAACUGGGAUCAGCUCAGCGCCGAAAUGUACACCCUGGCCGUUGGGAUGAACCUGUACAUGAUUAGCGAAAACUGCGGCAUCAGCAAGCAGCGAUCGCCGCUUCUACCCGACGAAAAGGGAUUCAUGUUUAGCAUAAACCCCAAUUUCAAGCCAAAGCAGACUGUUUCCAAGUGGAAUGGCAUCAUUUACGAGAAUGGUACAGUUGUCAACCAUCCUGCCAAUGGCACUCACCUCGGCCGCGUUCCAGUUUUGAAGAAUGGUACAGUCUUUCUCAACGGAACAGUUGUGCCCCAAGACAGAAUCAACCCUCGAUUCUAUGCAGUAUAG